AUGACUAGUUUCCUACAGGAUGCUUCGCGGUUCGUGCUGAAAAACCGACAAAUCACCGACGAUGCACCACUUCAACUGUAUCACUCGGGGCUGUUGUUUGCGCCGAAGAUGUCACUCAUCCGAAGGAUCUUUGAAGAUGAAAUGCGUACGUGGAUAUGUGUUCCUCCUAUGGUUGAAGAAAACUGGAAUGCAGAAUUGCAAACCCUUGAUGGCCACUCGGCCCAGGUUAUGUCCACGAAAUUCUCACCGGACAAUCAAUUUCUGGCUUCUAGCUCAUGGGAUACAAAAAUCAAAAUUUGGAAUGCAGCUACGGGUGUAUUGAAGUUGACAAUCGAAGGCCACUCACAUCGAGUGAUGUCAAUUGCGUUCUCCCCCGACAGUCGUUUGCUAUCGUCUGGCUCGUGGGAUCACACAGUAAAGCUUUGGCAUAUUGGUACGGGAGCGCUAUACCGGACAUUCAACGAACAUUCGGACGCCGUCUUAUCUGUGGCCUUUGCCCUUGAUGGUCAGGCUCUAGCUUCUGGCUCCUGGGACAAGACAAUUCUCGUCCGGAAUAUCACCUCCGGGACACGACAGCUUACGCUUGAAGGCCAUUCAAAUCGAGUUUUAACGGUUGCUUUCUCCAGUGACGGAAAAUUACUCGCGUCUAGCUCGUGGGAUUCAACAAUUAGACUAUGGAAUACCACAACAGGCGCCUUACAGCAGACUCUCGACAUUCACUCUGAUUUAAUCCGAUCUGUUGCAUUUUCCCCUUACGGCAAAAUCCUCGCCUGCGGAUCAGACGAUAAGACAAUAAGUCUUUGGGAUACUGCGUCAGGCACUCAUCAAGUAACGCUUGAAGGUCAUGCACACUGGGUGCUGUCUGUAGCAUUUUCUCCCGAUGGUCAAACAUUAGCGUCAGGAUCAGGGGACAGAACAUUGCGACUUCGGGAUACUGCAACUGGGGCUUCAAAGGGAAUCUUCAACGGUCACUCUGAUUCCGUCUGGUCCGUGGCGUUCUCCCCUAACAACCAACACCUUGCGUCUGGCUCAGGCGAUAUGACGGUCAGGAUCUGGUAUAAUCAAUCACAAAAGCAACCAGAGCAGCAAAAUCUCAUGGGGCAUUCAGAGUUGAUAUGGUGCGUGUCAUUCUCUCACGAUGGUCAUCUCCUAGCAUCCGGCUCAUGGGAUACGACGGUGAGACUAUGGGACACUACGGGUGCCCAGCAAAAGUCGCAGGUAAUGAAGGGCCAUACACAUUGGGUCCUAUCUGUAGCAUUCCCUCCAGAUUCCCAGAUUCUGGCCUCAGGCUCAGGAGAUAUGACAAUAAAGCUCUGGGAUACUGCGACUGGCGCGUUACGUCGAACUCUUGUUGGCCAUUCGGCUUUGUCAUGUUUGUGA